AUGUCUAUCCUCAGUCACAUCAAGCGCGCCCGUGACCACAAGGAGGCCGUCAAGGCCAAGGAAGUCGAGCAACCCAAGCCCACCAAGCCCACUCAGGCCUACCGUCACAUCCCCACGCACGCCGCCUGCGACUCAGUGAGCAGCGGUCCCAUGGGCUCUCGCCGCAACGACCGCUCCAAGGUUCGCGCUGAGAACCGUAAGCGCACUGCAAAGGCCGUGGCAGAGACUGUUGCCGAGAGCCACCACAUCCAGAUGAACUUUCCCGGUUCUACCACUUCGUCUCCCUUUGCCAGCAGCAGUAGCAGUGGAUCUUCUACUGCCACUUACCAGGCGAGCGAGGCCGACUUCUACGACGGCGAUGUCAGCCCUAUGAGCCGCUCGCCUGUCCAGAGCUUCGGCUUCCUUACUCCCCCUACACGCAACUUCUACCAGCCCGCUGAGGCGGCUUACCCUCAUCCUCUGUCUCUCAAGGGCAAGGAGGUUGUCCGGGGUCCCACAUACGGCAUGGCCUACUCGGUGUCUCCCAGCAAGGAAUCACUCCCUGAGCACUUCCAAACGGCACUCAUGAUCUGA